AUGAUGUAUUUGGGUUGGCAUCGUGUGUUGUGGGAGGAGGGAGGUAAAAAGGUGGUGUGGUCAAGAGCGGAUCUCAGUCGGCCCAGAGUGAGAUUAGAUGCCGUUAUGUCUGCCACAGCUGCUCUGACAAGUCAACUGCCUUUCCACAAUGAUGCCAACCAGCCAACUGAGAUUAGCCGUCAACUUGGGAGCCAAAUACGUGGCCCCUCAGCAUCUUUGUAG